AAUAAUAUAACCACAGAAAUCCAUCGACGAACAACUGAGAAGAGCUGCGCCUGCGCCUGCGCCUGCGGGAAAGGGAGAACAUGGUGGGGAAGAAGAGGGGUGUUAUCUCCCCGCUGGACCAUCUCGCUGGGCUGCUGGAGGUGCGCGUGGUGAGGGGAGUGGACCUCGCCAUCCGCGACCUCCGAUCCAGCGACCCCUACGUCGUCCUUCGCAUCGGCAAGGCGCAGAAAGUGAAGACGCGAGUGGUCAAGAAGAGCAUCAAUCCGGAAUGGAACGAAAAACUCACCCUCUCUAUUGAAGACCCUGCCGUUCCUAUUAGACUGGAAGUAUUUGACAAGGACACUUUCGUUGAUGAUGCAAUGGGUAACGCGGAGCUGGACAUCCGCCCGUUAGUCGAGAUUGUGAAGAUGAAGCUCCAGGGUGUCGCUGACAAAACGGUGGUAAAGAAGCUGGUGCCCAACAGACAGAACUGCCUAGCCGAGGAGAGCUCCAUAUACAUAUCGGAGGGGAAGGUGAAGCAAGACCUGGUCGUACGGCUAAGGAACGUAGAGUGUGGCGAAAUCGAGCUCCAACUUCAGUGGGUCCACCUCCCUGGCUCUAAGGGUGUAUGAGAAGAGUUAUGAGCGCUGCCUAGCUUGCACUGCUCAGGUUCUUCGCUUCACAUUAAAGUAAUCUAUUUGAACUGUAGUUGUAAUCUAUAGAGAUAAAAGCAGUGUAAAAAUAGUAGAAAUCGUUAUGGAUUAAAGACAGUCGACCCAGCUCUUGCUAGUUGAAAAGAACCCAGCUCUUGCCAUUUGACA